AUGUACUUCUUUCUCUCCAACCUGUCCUUGCCUGAAAUCGGUUUCACCUCCACCACGGUCCCCAAGAUGAUUGUGGACAUCCAAUCUCACAGCAGAGUCAUCUCCUCUGCAGGCUUGCCUGACUCAGAUGUCUCUUUGCCAUUUUUGGAGGCACGGAAGAGAGACAUGCUCCUGAGUGUGAUGGCCUAUGACCGUCUUUUAGACUCCCAGCUGCACCACUUGAUUGCCUUGCUAAUGACCUACUUCAAGGAUGUGGAAAUUCCGAAUUUCUUCUGUGAUCCUUCUCAACUCCCCCAUCUUGCAUGUUGUGACGCCUUCACCAAUAACAUCAUCAUGUAUUUCCCUGCCGCCAUGUUUGCUUUUCUUCCCAUCUCGGGGACCAUUUUCUCUUACUCUAAAAUUGUUUCCUCAAUUCUGAGGGUUUCGUCGUCAGGUGGGAAAGUAUAAAGCCCUCUCCACCUGUGGGUCUCACCUGUCAGCUGUUUGCUGAGUUUAUGGAACAGGCGUUGGGGGGUACCUCAGUUCAGAUGUGUCAUCUUCCCCCAGAAAGGGUGCAGUGGCCUCAGUGAUGUGCACGGUGGUCACCGCCAUGCUGAACCCUUUCAUCUACAGCCUGAGAAACGGAUAUUAAAGGUGUCCUGCGGCGGCCGUACGGCAGCACAGUCCAAUCUCAA